UCCCAUGAACGAUCAUGGAAAUGCACCAUCACCACUCACAUCUAUAAACCAUUAAACCACCACUCCCUUCUUUAUAUUUGUAAGUAGACACAUUUUGCACAUCAGCCUCAACAGACCCAAUACAUAGAAAGUAGCGUAUAGCAGCCGAGAUCAUAAAAAAUGGUGAAUCUAAUAAGGAGAUCGUUAAAGAAUAUUGUCAUCGGCGGCGGCGCCGGAAGAGGUUCAAAGUCCGACUCCCGUAAUUGCAGGAAGCACCCAAAACACCAGCAAUCUCCGGGCGUUUGCUCGCUUUGUUUAAGUGAAAAGCUCUCUCAGCUGUCGGCGCCCACUUCUAGCUCGCGCAGCACCAUUAAUACAUCAAACUCUUCUUGCUCGUCUUCUUCUUCUCUGUCGUCAUAUUACUCCUCGGCCUCUUCUGCAACUUCUUGUUCUUCUCCGAAGCAUUCUGGUUAUGGUGUUUUCAGGACGAACCCGACAAAGGGUUCUUUGUCUUUCUUGUUAAUUAGCGGCAAGCAAGGGCUGAAGAAGAGCAGAUCUAUAGCUUUUGUGCCGAGAAAUAUGAAAGUCAAGGGUGGAGUCAACGGCCGUGGCGAGGAGAAGAAAGGAGGGCUCUUGUCAAAGUUGCUUAGUCGGAGAAGACGGAAGAACAGAUCAUCAACAAUAAAGAGCCGGUAGCAGCUUGGUGCAAUAUUUACGCGAGAGAUUAUUUCUCAUAUAUAUAUGUGUGUGUGUGUGUGUGUGUGUGUAGCUAGAUUUAAAGAUCAUUUUAGGUAUAGCUUCUUGAUUAAUCGUUAGUUGUCUGUUGAUUGAAUUCUUUUUUCGUUGCAUGUGAUAUAGACCACCUUAGUUACAUGCAUGUUUCCAUAGAAUACAAAAGAGAAAGAAUAUACUACAGGCAAUCAGAAACUGAAAGACAGAUUAUACAUACGUCUAAUGUAUUUGAUCACAUGUAUACGCUCAUUUCAUAUAUGUAUUACCGGGGAUUCUUGUGGUGUUGAUGGGAA